AUUGAAUCACCAAAAGAAGAAGAAAUAAUGUCAAUUGUUGAAGGAGGAUCUUCCUCAAGUUCUUCACCUCACCCAACCCCAAGUAGAUAUGAGUCCCAAAAGCGAAGGGAUUGGAACACAUUUUGCCAAUAUUUGAAGAAUCAAAGGCCCCCAGUUCCUCUUUCACAGUGCAGCUGCAGCCAAGUGUUGGAGUUUCUAAGAUAUCUAGACCAAUUUGGUAAGACCAAAGUUCAUGUUCAAGGGUGCAUGUUCUAUGGGCACCCUGAGCCGCCUGCCCCUUGCACUUGUCCGCUAAGGCAAGCUUGGGGCAGCUUGGAUGCUCUUAUUGGGAGACUGAGAGCUGCCUAUGAAGAACAUGGUGGCGCCCCACAGAGUAACCCUUUUGCUUCUGCUGCAAUUAGGGUUUAUCUUAGGGAUGUUAGGGAAUGUCAAGCUAAAGCAAGAGGGAUUCCUUACAAGAAGAAGAAGAAGAAUAAGAAGAAUGUUACUUCUUCUGUUCAAAGCAAAGGAGCUGAAGAAUCAAGCUCAAGCUCCUCCACCAUCCACUUUGUGCCUUGAGCAAUUAAGCCAAAAAGAUUUAUAUAUGGGACUAGAGUGGAUGAAGGGACCAAACAAUGG